UUGUUGAUGCUGCCAGUUUUGUUUAGACGCUCGCCAGAUGCCCAACGCUCGCAUUGAAUUCACAUCCACGGAGCCGCAUGAGGGCGAUGCCACUUGUCUGGCGUAUUUCAACAAUCAGCUGUUCUCCGGCGGUGCCGAUGGCAAAAUACGUAUUUGGUCGGAUUCGCUGCAGCUGCUGUCCACUGUGAACGCCCAUGAGGCGUAUAUAUAUUGCAUGGCCAUCAAUGAGCACGGCAAACUGUAUUCGAGCAGCUGUUAUGGUCAGGUUAAAUAUAUGCUGCCUCCCUAUGAUGAUGCAGCCGUCCAAGAGCUCUUCCGCUGCGAUGACGCCAUUCAGGCAAUGUACUGUGAUGGUGCAGUGCUGUUUACGGGCGAUGACAAGGGUGUGGUGACCACAUGGAGCAACGAUCGCAUGCUCUUCAAGUACAAUUUAGUCGAGGAGGUGAAAUCGCUGGCUGGUGAGGAGAAGCUGAUCUACACUGUGCGCGAUCUGGAUGUAGUGAUAUCCGUGAUUGUUGAGGGCAAAACGGGCAGGUAUAGCACCAAGGCCGUAAUGCCAGGCAAAUCACCAUUGACCCUGCUUGGUCCUAAGGUUGAAGGCAAGCAUAGUUAUUUGGCGUUUCCCGAUCGUACCGGCAUGGGCUUGCAGCUAGUAAACAAUCUGCCCCAAUUAAAGUUCUCGCAAAUCUGGCAGAUGCCGCAAUGCCAUGAGCUUAUUGUUAAUGGCAUCUGUGGAGAUGAGGCUUACCUGUAUUCAGGCGGUUACGACAACAAAGUUAAGGCUUGGACGGAUUUGGGCAAGAGCCAGCCGCUUGCCUUAGGUGAAGUGGACGUGGGUAGUUGUGUUAAUCAGAUCUGCUGCGGCGCCAACAACACUGUAUAUAUUGCAAGCUGUGAUGGUUAUAUACGCUGCGCUAAAUUUAUUUAAAUUGUUAGCUUGAAGCAGCAUAUAAAAUUGUUUACUUUCAAA